AUGAUGCACAAGUAUUGCUUUGAAGCUCUAGAUCGGACCAUGAGGGAUUUGUUGCGGUUUGUAAACCCUAAUAGUUCCAACAAGACUUUUUGUGGUAAAACAGUAGUACUGGGUGGGGACUUCCGUCAAAUUCUACCCGUAAUUCCCAAAGGUACUAGACAAGAUAUAGUUCCUGUAGCUAUCAAUUCUUUCUAUUUGUGGAACAGUUGCAAGGUAAUGAAGCUCACAAAGAACCUGCGCUUGAAUGUUGUACAAGACUUUGUAGAACAACAAUCUUCACAACACUUUGCAAAUUGGAUAGCUUCAAUUGGCGAUGGCAAGAUUGGUGGACCUAAUGAUGGUUAUGCAGAAGUAGAAAUACACAGUACUAUGUUACUACCAUUCUAUGGUUACCAUAUUAAAACCAUUGUUAGAAGUACAUUUCCUAUGUUUGCAAAUGGUAAUUCUAAUGCAAGUUAUCUUCAAGGGCGUUCUAUUCUAGCACCAACUCUAGAGGUAGUGAAAUCAGUGAAUGAGUAUAUAAGUGAGUUGCAUACGGCUGAAAGUAGAACAUAUUUUAGUUGCGACACAAUAUGCAAAGCUGAUGCAGACGCUGGAAUACUUGGUGAUGUUCACACACCUGAAUUUUUGAACGGCAUUAGAGCUUUAGGUGUUCCGAACCAUGCAUUAACUCUAAAAAUUGGUUCACCAGUCAUGUUGUUAAGAAAUAUUGAUCACUCAGUUGGUUUGUGUAAUGGUACGCGGUUGGUAAUCACCAAGUUAGCAGACUGUGUAAUUGAAGCUGAAUUAAUGGAUGAUGCUAACAAAGGAACAAAAGUCUUGAUACCCAGAAUGUCCAUGUCACUGUUUGAUACCAGCUUCAUAUCACAUAUGAACCUUAGCCUUUCCAAAUCCACUCUAAUUCCAAAUUCCAGCACUUCUAAUCACCAUUGGCAAUCUGCAGAUCAUACCUGCAGGCCCCCUUUCAGCUUCAUCAAUCCUCAGAGAGCCUUGUAUCUACAUCUUCCUUCUGCAAAACAUCUCAUCAAAACUCCAGGUUCCCCACAGGGGGGUUAG